GAUGGGUCAGUUCAUAAACACAAGGCUCGAUUGGUUGCUAGAGGUUACAUGCAGCAAGAAGGUGUGGAUUUUGACGAAACUUUUGCACCGGUUGCCAGGUUUGAUACUAUUCGAACUGUUUUAGCUUUAGUUGCUCAACAUAAGUGGUCUGUUUUUCAGUUUGAUGUGAAGUCAGCUUUCUUGAAUGGAUUCUUGGAGGAAAAUGUGUAUGUACAGCAGCCUCAGGGUUAUGAAAUUGAAGGACAGGAGCAGAAAGUGUAUAAGUUGAAGAAAGCACUUUAUGGUCUGAAGCAAGCACCAAGAGCUUGGUAUGAAAGAAUUAAUGCUCAUUUUUGCAGCCAUGGAUUUCAUAAAAGUCCAAGUGAGCCUACUUUGUAUGUUCAGACCAGAGGUCGAGAUGAGGAAGUGGUUCAAAAUGGUGAGGGAAUUUUUAUUUCCCAAGAGAAAUAUGCUAAAGAUCUCCUUAAGAAGUGCAGAAUGGAAGAUUGCAACUCAGUGGGAACUCCAAUGGUUUCUAAUCAAAAGUUCAGUUUGGAUGAUGGAGAAGAAAAGGUUGAUGCUCAUGCCUAUCGCAGCCUUAUUGGGAGUCUUCUUUAUCUCACGAACAGCAGGCCUGAUAUUACUUUUGCCACCAGUAGGCUAUCUCGUUUUAUGCAGAGUCCAAGUAAGACACAUUAUGGAGCAGCGAGGAGGAUUCUAAGAUACUUGAAGGGGACAAUCUCUUUUGGCAUUUUAUAUGCCAAAAAUGAACAAUUUAAUUUAUUUGGGUACUCUGACAGUGAUUGGCCAGGUUGUGUUGAUGACCGGCGUAGUACUUCAGGUUAUGCUUUCUUUUUGGGUUCCGGUGCUAUUUCUUGGAGUUCAAAGAAGCAAGCCUCUACAGCUUUGUCAUCUUCAGAAGCAGAAUAUAUCUCCUCAACAGCAGCAGCGUGUCAAGCCACAUGGACAAGAAGAAUUCUAGAGGAUAUGAAGCAAGUACAAGUGCAACCAACAACAAUAUUUUGUGACAAUCAAUCGACCAUUGCAAUGACAAAAAAUCCAGUAUUCCAUAGUCGAACUCAUCACAUUGAGACUCAGCACCAUUUCAUAAGGGAGUUAGUGGCGAGUGGAGGCUUGGAAGUUGUUCACUGCAAUUCAAAGGAUCAAGUCGCUGACAUCUUUACGAAGCCACUUCCUUUGGAUAAGUUUAUCCACUUGAGGGAUUUGCUUGGAGUUUUAAAUUUCAGCAUUAAGGGGGAGCAUGUUAUGGUAUAAUGCUGAAAUGGGUUUUUUCUUUUGGUGUCAAUUUCUGGUUUACGUGUCUUCAAGAUAAAUUGCAGGAUUAGUU